AUGGUGCUGGUGAUGGUUGCAUCAGCCGCAGAUGUCCUCCUCGUCCAAGCAUCUGGCACAGCCCAGGCCCCGCCGUGCCCUCCUGCCCAGCUCUACGUCACGUCCCGUCACCUCACAGGGCCUCUUACUCGGGAGGAAGUGAGCGUAGUGUCGGAGGAAGCGCCCGAGUGUGGAGGCUUUGUGGACGUCAACAAGAAAGCAGCAGUGGUUUGGACACUACAGGACAUGACGAGACCAUCAGACAAUGAUGAACCUCCCAAAGGCCACAAAAGGGGCCGGGGUAAGAGGAAGAGGUCUCGGAGCUCUACGAGGCCAUCGGGGCGGAGGCUGGCGGCGCUGAGAUGCAGCUCUAGCUCAAGCUGCAGCUCCACCACUUACUCCCUGGCCAGGUCCCCUGGCGGCGCUCGGCUCAGCCCCCAGACCCUCCAUGAAGGGCCUCUGAGGAGAAUGCAGAGACGCCCAGCCAUGACGUCCAAGAUGGUGGGGCACAGAUACCGCCUCGGGAAGAGUCAUCCCACUGACCUGGCUCAGACGCUGGCCGAAGCCCUUGCACAUGAGCCCUGCCCAGGAGAUGAGAUGCCAGGGCCCUCGAAGAGGCCUGUCCCCCUACAAGAUGAGCACCGUCCAAAAAGGAGGAGGAAGUCAGGGAGGCUCCAGCAGUCCUCUGAGCAGCCUGAAAGCACAGAUUCCUCUGAGGCUGUCAGACCUGCCAAAGCCCCGCGCAAAGCACGCUUGGAGCGGCUUUAUCAGAAGGGGCCAUUACUAGGGAAAGGUGGGUAUGGGUCUGUUUUCAGUGGAGUGCGAAAGUUCGACGGAUUACCGGUGGCAAUUAAAUUUGUGUCCAAACUCCAAGCCGAGGAAGAGAUAGAGCUUGUGAGUAUGGGUCCUCUCCCGCUGGAGGUGGCCUUGAUGAAGCGCGUGUGUGCGGCGCCCGAGAGCGCCGGCGUCCUCCACGUGCUGGACUGGUUCAACCUGCAGACCCAGUACGCCCUGGUGCUGGAGCGGCCCGAGCCCUGCCAGGACCUCCUGGCCUUCUGCCUGGACCGCGGCGGCCGCGUGGAUGAGGGCCUGGCCCGCCGGGUGACCACGCAGCUGAUCGGCGCCCUGCUCCACUGCGCACGCCGCGGCGUUCUCCACCGCGACGUCAAGCCGGAGAACAUCCUGAUCCGCACGGACACGCACGCCAUCAAGCUGUUUGACUUUGGUUGCGGAGACCUGUGGAAGAGCACUGCCUACAAGGAUUUCGCAGGCACUCUGGAUUACAUUCCUCCAGAGUGGUUUCUCCGGGGGAAGUACCACGCCGGCCCCGCCACGGUCUGGUCUGUCGGCGUGACCUUGUACAGCAUGGUCUCCGGCUUCCUCCCCUUCGGCAGCCCCAGGCAGAUCAUUACGGGCAGACUGCGGUUGGACGAUGACCUGUCUCAAGAGUGCCGUGACCUGAUCCGCUGGUGUCUGAGUCCCAAAGCGGCGGAGCGGCCCACUCUGGAGCAGAUGCAGCUCCACCCCUGGCUCCAGUAGAGCAGCCUCAGAUUGGAUUCGUUUGUGCCCCCAUCCUGUCUGGGUAUAAAGCCGGAGACGGCUCAUCCAUCUGUUCUGAAGAAUUUUAAAGCUUUGAACAAAAACUCCUAUUGAGAGAGGAAAAAAAGAUCUAAAGUGAAGAAGAUAAGGAAACCAAUUGAGGAGUCCAUGCUGGGAGGCUACCCAGGCGAAAAU